AAAUUCUUAUUUUUGGAUGAAAUUUUCAACUUAAAAAACUUUGAAAGUUAUUAUUUGAAAGAUAUUUUAGUUAAAAAAUAUUUAAAAAUAAAUAUUUUUUUGCAAAAAUGGAUAUCGAAGAAUAUCGGAGAAGAGGCAAGGAAAUGGUCGACUACAUCGCGGAUUACUUGGAAAACAUCCGUGAACGUCGCGUUUUUCCGAAUGUCAAGCCAGGUUACAUGCGAAAUUUGGUGCCGAACGAAGCGCCCGUCGACGGUGAGAGUUGGGAAAGUAUUUCCGAGGAUAUUGAACGUGUCAUCAUGCCUGGGCUGACUCAUUGGCAAAGUCCCCAUAUGCACGCGUAUUUUCCCGCUCUGAAUUCUUUUCCAUCAUUACUUGGGGACAUGUUAGCGGAUGCGGUAAAUUGCAUCGGAUUCACUUGGGCAUCGUCACCGGCAUGCACGGAACUCGAAACUAUCGUCAUGAAUUGGCUGGGCAAGAUGAUCGGGCUGCCGGAUGAGUUUUUGCACCUGUCGAAGGAAAGUAAGGGCGGCGGCGUGAUCCAAACGACAGCAAGUGAGAGUACGUUGGUGUGUUUGUUGGCAGGCCGAACGCAAGGCAUCAAGCGAUAUCACGAAAAGUCACCGGGCCUGCAAGAUUCCGAAGUAAAUGCGAAACUGGUGGCUUAUUGUUCGGAUCAGGCGCAUUCGAGUGUCGAAAAAGCAGCACUUAUUGGGCUGGUACGGAUGCGAUAUAUCGAAGCGGAUGAGAAUUUGUCGUUACGGGGAGAGCCAUUACGUCAGGCAAUCAUCGAGGAUAUCGCACAAGGGCUCGUACCGUUCUGGGUUUGUGCCACUCUCGGCACAACAGGCGCUUGUUCUUUCGACAAUUUACGUGAAAUUGGCGAAAUUUGUCAGGAAUUCAAGCUUUGGUUGCAUGUUGAUGCGGCUUAUGCUGGUUCAGCUUUCAUUUGUCCCGAAUUCCGAACGUGGUUAGAUGGCAUCACGUUAGCUGAUUCGAUCGCUUUUAAUCCAUCCAAGUGGUUAAUGGUCCAUUUUGACUGCACCGCCAUGUGGGUAAAGAACAGCUCGGCGCUCCAUCGAACUUUUAAUGUCGAACCGUUGUAUUUGAAACACGAAAAUUCGGGAUUGGCAAUCGAUUAUAUGCAUUGGCAAAUUCCACUCAGUAAGCGUUUUCGUGCGUUAAAAUUGUGGUUCGUCAUUCGCAAUUACGGCAUAAAAGGGUUACAAAAGCACAUCCGUGAAGGUGUUCGUCUUGCGCAGAAAUUAGAGGCACUUAUUUUGGCGGAUUGUCGAUUUGAGGUUCCCGCAGCACGACAUUUGGGAAUGGUCGUUUUCCGCAUCAAAGGUGAAAAUGAAUUAACGGAAAAAUUGUUAAAACGUCUGAAUCAUCGCGGAAACAUGCAUGCGGUACCGGCUUCGUUGAAGGGCAAAUACGUCAUAAGAUUCACAGUAACUUCGACUAGAACUUCCAACGAAGAUAUUUUAAAAGAUUGGAACGAAAUUCGAUUUGUAACUACUGAACUGUUGACUGAACUUGGCAUCAAAGUCGGAGAACGAGCAAAAGUUUCACUAAAAGACACUCGUGAGAAAAACGAAGCAUUCGGGUCGUCGUUGCUGCUUGCCAACUCACCAAUGUCUCCGAAAAUUGUGAAUGGCUCGUUCGCAGCUAUUUUCGACACCGACGAGUUUCUCGCCAAAGCAUAUGCUGGCAUCAGAAUUUCUAACCAGGAUUCGCCAGCUAUGAGACGAAGAGUUCGCGGCAUAUUGAUGUCCGGCAAGCAGUUUUCGCUCGACUCGAGAAUGGAUUUAGUGGUGCACAAUGCAAAAGAUAUUAACAAUGGCGCCAUAAACGAAGACAUCGAGGAAGGUACGACGAAGGGAAGCUUGUGAGACAUCACCGAGUCCCCCAGCGGACAACAACGACCGAAAACGGAUGUUACACGAACUGGUUCCCAUCCAUGAUGAAGCCCCAAUACCCAUGAAACGCGUUAUUUCACCUUUACCUC